CCAGGACCCGGCUAGGCUCCAGGACUGGGCUCAGCAGUGUGGGCCACGGGAGGCUCGGCAACUGGCCCUACCAUGCUCGGCUUCGUGCACUUCCUGCGAAGCUUCUUCAAGAUUCCAGAAGCAGCCACACAUCUGCCAGGUGAAGGUGCAAUUGAAGAUAACCCACUUCCCUCAUCCUCCACAAAACCAGAGGAGCAGGAAUGGAGCCAGAAAACAGACCAUGAUGACUUUGACAGCCUGUCCCAUGAGACUGAAAGUCAAUCAGACACAAAAAAUGACCUCUUUGAAACUGCCUCUGACACAGGGUCCCUGCCUAUCAACCCCUCUGGGCCAGUCUGCUUCCCUCCAAGUGGUCCUUCCAUAGACAGAGAAGCAGGCUGGGGUUGGCCUGAUGUCCCACCAAUUAGACCAUCCCAGGACCAGCAUUCAACCUGUGGCCCUGGACUUGAUGCAGAGAAAGAACUAGAUUUGUCCCCUAGCUUUAGGGAAGAGUCUUACAAAAAUGAGUUGUACACCUUGGCUGCAGUUGCUGGGAAUAAGGAAGAAGAACCCAUCUGGGAUUGUGCAACCAGGCUGGAGCAAGAAUUUGUGCCAGGAGGGUGUUCCUCUCAAGGUAUCUCUGGCAGGCACAGUCCCCAACCUGCACAGAAAGUGACUGGUCAGAACUUCAGAGGGGUUCCUGGUGCUUCUCUUCAGAAAUCCAGAUCUGAGAGCUAUCUGGACAUCCCUGUAGUUUGGCCCUUCGUCCUGCAGUGCUGUGAACUAGGUCAGAGCUGGCUGCAAACCCACAGCAGGGCCAGGGAACUACAGCUACCUCACAGGGGCUGGCUGGACCGCACAGUCUUCCUGCAGACCAGGACAAAGAAAGGAGAUACUCCAGUUCCUGAAGUGGACAAAGACCUACUCUGGGCCCAGUCCUACUUGGGUGCGACUUGCCAGCCUUCUCUGGCUUGCCUCUUACAUGCCAAGCAUCACCACAGUACCCUAGAAGAUAUUGGUGAUAACUGGAGGGUACCCCCAGGGCACCACUGUCAACACAGGACACUGGCCAGGGCCCAUUCCAUACCAGGGGUUCACUUAAACUAUCCGGAGGGUUCCGUGGGGCAGAACUGUGUGGAGUUUAGGACUCCAUUAAGGGAAAGGACGGAGACUGAAAGAGAUCCAAGAAUACAAGGCACACUUUCCCCUGCACCUGCCCAGCUGUUUCAGUUACUCUGUGCUACUCAGAGCAGGUCUCAUUUGCAGGCCCAGUACAGAUCCAGUGGGUGUAACCUGAAAAGGGCUUCUCAGGACACACCUUUGAAAGGUCUCCUGAAGGAAAACCAGUUGAGACAGGAUUCCAGGUCAUGCCCAGCUGCUCCAUAUCUGACUUCAGACUUGGUGAGGCUCGGCGGUCCAGAGGAAGUGCCUGGGCCUGCUGAGUACAAGCUGGAACACAGCACAGAAAGCAGGCCCCAAGAACCCCAACGCACUUGCCCAGCAGCCUACCCUGCUGAUGUGAGCAGUAAACAAAACCACCUGCAGUCAGUUGCUGUCCAGGCAGGAAACCAAACCAGUAAUUAUACAUCAAAGUGUCUUCCAAGUGAGAAAAGAAAGCUGCCCAGGAGGGCCAGCUUCCCAGGUCACUGUGAUGGUGCAGCCAGGGUAUGGAGCAGAGAUGGGAUGGGCUUCUGGGAAGUGGGUGACAGUUCCGAUGCCCCAGAGACUACCCCAAAAUCCCGGGCCAUGGACACUUCAAAGAAAGCUGAAGAGGCAAUGGUACUAGACCUUAAGCGUAGGAAAAAUGCCCUUCAGGAUCUUUCUGAAUUCCCAGCAGCCACAGUGCCUCCCUGUGACCCUGGGGAGGAGGCCUGUGAGAACUGGCCUGGGGGUGGCACCAGGCCCUUCAGCCCUGGUGGGCAGCUGGAGUACAAAGCAGGUAAGGCCUGGAGGGGCAGGUGUACGCUCACCAUUGUAGCUGUGGAGCAGAAAGUUCUACAGGCCACCAGGAGGAAAGCGCGCUCACUUCUAGAAUCACAGUCUAGUGGCUUUCCAUGGGGAAGACCAGUAUUUCCAGGAAGUACUGGCAGAACCCCCUGUGAGUCUACCAGAGCCUGGAAAACAUCGAUAUGUGAGCUGCCCUCAGCCCCUACACCAGGAGAGGGUGAUCAGGCUCUUCAGCUGGUGAUCCAAAGCGCAAAGCUCAGAGGAGUUCUGGUCCCCAGAAACACUUCCCAGGAGACACUGAACGCUAAGGCACCCCCGAAAGAGAGGAUACGUGAGGAAAGCCUGCUGCCCGAGCCAGAGGGCGCACAGCAGGCCGAGGGCCCGCACUCUGCGGAGAGCCUGGAGUGCAAGCCAGGAGAAUCUGAGGUUCCGGGCGCACUGGAGAAGGACCUCCUUGCCAGCACGCUUCCGACGCCGGCAGUGACCCACCGACUCCGCGCGGGCACGCAGGAGUCGGGGAAGCGCCUGUCGUUCUUCAAGGUAACUUCUUUGAGGAAGGGCAAGCCCUUGGCUGCUGGGAGCCAGGGCCUGUCCGCAGGGGGCCGCACCCCAGGUUCUUCAGCUCUGGAAGAGCUCAAUGCAGAGAGUUCCGUGGCUGCAGCAGGCUGGGACGCGACACCUCUCCACCACCGACACAGGAGCGCUUCUCCCGGGACAGCACCUCAGUGUGCAAACAAAGACUCUGCACAGCCGGUGGCAGGCUGGCAUGAGGGGACACCAGGAGACCUUGGUAACACAAGACCUUCCUCAGAAAGCUGUAGCGCAAAGAGACUUAAAAUAACCGAGAGAAAGCUCAGGGCAAGGUUGGCCUCAGCUCAGAAGACCUUUUCGAAUCUUUUUGAGUUGAAGGUUAUAGAAAAAGAGAAUGCUACUGAACGCCCUCCCGAGUCCCUGAAGGGCGAAAAGGAAAAGAGUAGGCCGCGCCAGAGCUCCUGGCGUGCAUUUCUGAAAAGUAAAAAUGUGGAAGCCCCUGGAAGACCCUCUUUAGUGAGUCCCUUCUGCCCCAGCCCACCAGUGUCCAGCAGCUGCUGUGAAGAGUGCACUGAAGACAAAGAGAGCUAUGUGUGUAGAGAUCACUGGAUCGCCCCACACUCUCCUGCACCUUUGUCAUCCAGCAGUUCAGUCUCCCCAGAGCCCAGAAGGAAAAGUGAACCAACCAUCAAAUGCACAGCCCCUGAGGAGGGAGGUGGGGCCUUCCCUUCUGGUACCUUCCCUCAUAAGUCCUGGCUGCAGGCUCCCACCGGCCUCGGAGCCCAGCAGGCUGGCAUCAGCUGCACCCUUCCCUGCACCUCAGCCUGUUGCCUGGUCUGUGGAAACCAAGGUAUGCCCUGCAGACCCUUGAGCCCUAAGCCUCAUAGUCCCAGGCCUGGGGCUCAGCUGACCAGUCUCCACUACCCGGGCAGGACUAGUGCCAUCUCCAUGGUUUCUCUGGGAAGCUACAGUGAAGUGGACAGCUGUUUGGAGAGCCCUGGAAGGCCCAAGACUACCAAGGCCCGAACAAGCCUCCUGCUUUCUCUUCAGACCCUAAACCAGGGUAACCAGAAGGAAGACAGCAGAAGAACCAGCCAGUGUCGCUGCAGGCUGAGCACAGCACUUUCGCUCAGGGGCUUUCCUGGGAGUGAGAAUCAUGUGCCCUGGGAAGAACCACCAGGUGAGAAGCCCAGUUGCUCCCAUUUUCACACAGAGCCAGCUCAGAAGCCACUCUCCACCCCUGAGAUGGUAACAUGGACCUUCCCCUCCACCUCUGCAGAGGAUGCCCCCAGGGAGGCCACUGUGAAGCCCAGGAGGCUCUCUCAGCACUCACAUGUCAGUUUGGAUGACCUGUGGCUGGAGAAGAUGCAAAGGAAGAAGCCAGGGAAACAGGUGCAGAUCCGGAAGAAGAUGCAUGUGGAGAUAGCACACAGGGAUGGAGUACAGUGCUGGAGGAAGAUGACUGUUGCCUCCCCAGAACCUCUACAUCUCCCUAGAAGAAGCCAAGCACUGUCCCAGAGUGCCCCUGCAGGACUGAAUCACACAGGCUGGCCGAAGCACAUACCUGACACUGCAAUGCCAGAUGGAGCCCUGGACACAGCCAUCCGAGCAGAAGAGGCAGGCAGUGAGGAGGACCUGUACGAGGACCUGCACAGCUCCAGCCACCACUACAGCCACCCUGGAGGGGGUGGUGAGCAGCUGGCCAUCAAUGAGCUCAUCAGCGAUGGCAGUGUGGUCUGUGCUGAAGCACUCUGGGACCAUGUCACCAUGGACGACCAGGAGCUGGGCUUCAAAGCUGGGGACGUCAUUGAAGUGAUGGAUGCCACCAACAGAGAGUGGUGGUGGGGCCGUGUCACCGAUGGCGAGGGGUGGUUUCCAGCCAACUUCGUGAGGGUUUCUCCAUCACUGAGAUGCAGAGGAAGCAGGCCAUGCUGAAUGCCAACAAACAGCAGGCCACAGGGAAGCCCAAAGCUGUCGGGAGGCCCUGCUACCUGACACGCCAGAAGCACCCAACACUGCCCAUCAGCCGGCCCCGACAGCAGGUCUUGGUACUGGCAGAGCCCCGGCGGAAACCAUCCACUUUCUGGCACAGCAUUAGCAGACUGGCACCCUUCCGCAAAUGAGCCAGCACUCACUUGACAGCACUUUGUGGACCUCUUCACCCUCAGCCCCCAGCUUUGCCUCCCCGAGGCCCACACCUGGCCCUUCUCUGCCUGUUUUGCAAACUGGGAGUGAACAGGGCUAAGCAAAGGAGUUGUUUGGUGUCCCCAGGCAGUGCCAGGUCUGUUCCCCUCUUGGAUUUCAUCCUUGCUGGUGCAGUGAUGAGGCAGUGAAGAGACCAGGUGGAAGAGAGAGGCAGGGCUCCUGAACGCACAACCUGCACCUCCUGCAGCCUGCCCACCACCCAUCCCGCUCUGCUUGCACUCUGAAGCUGGGGAACCAUAGCUCAGACCGUCAUACAGGCUGCCCUGCAGAAGGCGCUGGCCACUCCGGACUCUUCAGAAAUCUAAUCAUCCCUAAGCCUAUCUCUGGGCAGGAGAGGCUUACCCUAUGGCCACCAGCCUCCUGCAACCCAGAUUGUGUGUCCCUCUGCUCUCCAGUUCUUUCAGACCCCUAACCCAGUGGACAGGGCCAGGCCACUUGCAACCUCAGAAGGCAGGAAUCAGGAAUUCUCUGCCCCAAAUGUCUGGCCCAGAGCUGCCCUUCUGCCUCCCAGCCCCUCUAGACGCUGCUGGCUGCUGGAUACCUCUUUACAUGUAAUGUUGGGUGUGUGUUGUGAGAACAAAACCAAACAGUUAGCCACAUAAGGAUAUUCAUGUGACCACUUCACCUAUAGCUGUGAGGUGGCUGCAGAAUCAGUCUGUUUUGUUUGGAUGUUGUUGUAUUGUUUUUCUAAACACAGAAAAAUAACUUUUGUUAGUGACACAGAAAGCCUUACCCUAGUGAGCAUGAGAAGCCCUAAGAACUGAAUUCUGUGGCCCAGGACCCAGGACUGACGCACCCAGCCCAAGUAGCAGUCUUACAGUGGGAUGCCCACAUCCUCGUGUUGGCAUGGCACCCACAGGACUCAGCAGCACUCUUGCACUAUGCCUUCUCCAAGCCAGUAACCACGUUAACUUCAUAAAGAAACUUGGGAACAGUAACCUGAUUGCCA